AUGGAGUCAUCGUUUGAAGAAGCUGGAGGGGUACAUACUGAGGGGGAGAUCCGGAAGGCGUUCGUCAUCCCUGAUGUUGACGAGUCGGAUUUCUCGAUGCAGUGCCCAUUCCUCCAUGCUUUCCACUUCAGCAGACUUGCCAUCGAUGUGAAUUACGCGGACGUAAAGAGUAUUGCAUGCCACCCGGGCGUUCUCCACGGAGUUGACGACGACGCCGACGUUCCGUCUCACAACGCAAAAUUGAAGGCAAACAAAACCCAUCUGACCAGGGUCGAGAAAUUUCUGAUAUACCAAGUAUUUCACGGCAACGACUGGUACCAGAAUCGUCAUCGGCACGCUCAGCGCUUCCUUGAUCAAUUUGCCUGCCAGAACGUCGCCAUCGAGAAAAUCUUCCGGUAA